AUGAGUGUUUCCCUUCACUCUGUGCCUCCCGAGGCCCGGACGAGCUACAUAAUCGACCAACUGGAGGGCGAGAGGCUCACUAUUCCCGGCAGUAAAGGUGUUUUUCGUAUAUUGGCCUCCUCGAAGCAGACAAAUGGCGGAAUAGCCGUCUUCUCCAGUGGCGCCGUGCUGUCCGACGCGCCUGGCUUCCACUGGCACGAAGAGGCACACGAUAUUUUCAUGGUGACCAAGGGAUCCCUCAAACUAUGGAACGGAGACAAGUGCCGCAUCAUGGGGCCUGGGGACUUUGCCUAUGUUCCUCCUAAAGUCAUCCACAACCCCGAGAUGCUGGGCCCUCACACGGAACUAUAUGGACUUGUGGCUCCCGGCGACUGGAUCGACUUCUUUCGCUUUGUGGCCGAGUCCUACGAUGGUGUCCUCGUGCCCGAGAAUGACAAUCGCAACCUAGGUGCUCUCCUCGGCCAGAAGAUGGCGACAGCGAAGGAUCGUUUCGAUGUCCACUUCGAGAGAAACUACCAACCGCCCGCACUGGGAGAUUGGCAAGAGACGGAGAACGUCCUGCCAUCACCUGGCGAGCCGUACUUCCUUCGAGCAAACACCGGCCCGAGGUGGAUGCUGGGAGGCGUCAUGUCUAGGCCGUUCAUUCACGCUUCACAGUGCAGCGGCAAAUUUGCCGUCUCCAGCAUCGAGUCGUCGAAGGUGUACGAGGCCUCGCCACUGCGGCAAUGGUUGACCUUCGCGACGGUAGAUCACUGCUUUUGUGUUCUGGAAGGCGUGCUGAGGGUUCAGACGAAAUCAGGAGGCGCGGCGUGGAGCGAGGUCAGAGAGGGCCAGACGCUGGUGGUUUCGGCUGGCGAGUCGUUCCAACUUGAUUUUGGCACGCGAUUUGUGAGAGUGUGGUCGUUUACGAACGGGCAAGGUCUCGAGGAGUUGAUUCGUCAAGCUGGCGCACCGUAUUCGGGGUUCGUGCUGCCAGAUUCUCAACCGGCGUGGGAUCAGGAUCGCCUCGUGGAAGCCUGCAAAGCGCUGAAUGUUACAGUUGAGGGAGGUUCCCCGAGGUAG